AAUGAUGACCAUUAGAAUAAUAAUUAAUUCAUGUUUUAAUAAUAUGCUUUAAUUAAUCUCAAUCAGCUUCCUACCUCCACUGUCUCUUGUUUCAGCUCCUUCUCCCUUUCCUGUUUAUAAAUCCACGCACAUCUUGAGUAACGCAUAAGAACAAACACUUUUCGUUUGCUAUUGUUAGCUAUGGCGAUGAGGGUUGAUGAAACAACCAUCGCAGAUUUCGACUAUUAUGGUAGUUUAACCGCCUCCACUACCACUACAACUACAACAACUACCUCCUCUUCAGAAGAUGAUCAUGGUUGCACUUGGAAUGACUUGUCACCGGUUGUCGAUUGGGAUGCUUUUUCAGGUGGGGAUAAUUUCCAAGAUCUUAUUGAAGCCAUGAUCCAGGGGAACAAUUCCUUAGGAUCGGGUAAUUACUUGUACAACUCGAUAUCCUCGGAGGAUGAUUCUGCUGGUAUGAUGGAAGAAGAAUCAGAGGAUUCUAAUAACAACCAAUCGGAAGAUAACAACGGGCUGAAGCUUGUCCACCUUCUCAUGGCGGCGGCGGAGGCGUUAAGUGGUGUUAACAAAUGCCGUGAGUUGGUUAGAGUGAUAUUGGUUCGGCUCAAGGAAUUAGCGUCCCCUAACGGCGCUACCAACAUGGAGAGAUUGGCCGCGCAUUUCACUGACGCCUUGCAGGCUCUACUAGACGGCGCCGCCUCUUCCCACGCUAAGCACAUGCUUUCCCCUAACUACAAGGACGAGCAGCAUCAGGGAGAUGUGCUAGCAGCUUUUCAGCUAUUACAGGAUAUGUCUCCUUUUGUCAAAUUUGGGCACUUCACAGCAAACCAAGCUAUCUUGGAAUCCGUGGUUCAUGAUAGGAGAGUCCAUAUUGUGGACUACGAUAUAAUGGAAGGAAUCCAAUGGGCUUCCUUAAUGCAAGCCUUGGUGUCUAGAAAAGAUGGGCCCCCAACUCCCCAUCUUCGGAUCACAGCAUUGUCAAGGAGUGGCAGCGGACGUCGUUCUUUCGGGACGGUCCAGGAGACCGGUCGUCGUCUAACGGCGUUUGCUGCAUCCAUUGGUCAACCAUUUUCAUUUCAUCAUUGCAGAUUGGACUCGGACGAAACAUUUAAGCCAACAAAUCUCAAGUUAGUUAGAGGAGAAGCUCUAAUUAUAAAUUGCAUGCUACACUUGCCUCAUUUUAGCUAUCGAGCCUCGGAUUCAGUGGCUUCGUUUUUAUCCGGAUCCAAGACACUGAAUCCGAGACUCGUGACCCUAGUAGAAGAGGAAGUGAGGCCCAUAGGAGAAGAAGAAGGGUUCGUGGGCCGGUUCAUGGACACUUUGCAUCACUACUCAGCACUCUAUGAUUCGCUCGAGGCCGGGUUCCCUUUGCAAAGCCGAGCUCGGGCUUUAGUGGAGCGGGUAUUCCUCGGGCCACGAAUAACCGGGUCAUUGGCCCGGAUCUACCGGACCCGAGGAAACGAAGAAAUAUGCUCAUGGGUGGAGUGGUUGGGUGAUGUGGGGUUUUGUGAGAGUAAUAUAAGCUUUGCAAAUCAUUGUCAAGCAAAAUUAUUAUUGGGCCUAUUCAAUGAUGGGUAUAGGGUGGAGGAAAUUGGGACAAAUAAACUUGUUUUAGGGUGGAAGUCCCGGCGCCUACUUUCUGCUUCUAUUUGGACCACAAUGGAUACUGAUUUGUAAUAACAAAAUGUAUAUAAUUCAUGUACGUGUGCCUACCCCGUCCCCUCCCCCAGGUCUCUAUCUACCGUGUGUGUGUAUUGUUUUAGUCCUUUUCUUUUGGUUUUAUUGUGGAUUAAGGCUAAUUAUUUGUGAGGCUUUUCUUCGAUUCCUAUGCUAAAUUUCUAUUAUGUGUAUUGUUUAGCCCCUUUCUUGUGUUAUUUCGGUUUG